CACCCAGCUGUGUUUGAUUACGUUAUAACGAACUCUGGGCUUUGUGGUAACGAACCGGUCGAUAUAUUAAUAUAUUUCCAUAGUGCCUGGAAUAAUAGGGGUAAGCGAAGAUUCCUUCGUGAAACGUGGGCCAGUGUAAAAACAUUUCACAACAUAUCUAUUAAAACCAUAUUUAUUCUUGGCAGUCCAAAAGAUGCCAAACAUCAGUUGACGAUUGAUUUUGAAAAUGUUGUUUAUCGUGAUAUUGUUCAAGGAGAUUUUAAUGAUACUUUUAAAAAUUUAACUUUAAAAUCAGCUCUUGCCAUUCAGUGGAUUAAUACACAUUGUAUGCAGACUCGCUACGUCAUCAAAGCUGAUGAUGAUAUUUUCAUCAAUGUAUUCAAAAUUAUUGAAGAUCUCUUUCCGGUUUUGUCACAACGAAAGCAAACUGUAAUGUGUCAUUUUCACAAGGCUGGUCAGAGUGUCAUAGUAAGAAAUCCUAAAAGUCAAUGGUACAUUCCAAAUGGCGUUUUUAAAGGGGUAAAACACUUCCCGCGCUUUUGUUCCGGAUAUGUCGCCAUAUUUACAAGUGACCUUAUUCCAUUAUUAUAUAGAUCUUCUUUUCAAUCUCCUAUAAUUCCAGUUGAUGACGUGUACAUG